GCGGGGUGACCAUGGAGCGCUGCUAUGCGGCGUUGUGUCGCGACCUCGACAGCUCGGAGCGCUCGCGGAGUGAGCGGACGAUCUACGGCAACGUCGGGCGAAGGCAAACCCGAGGAUGAUAGCAGCAAGGGCGAUAGGAAGUCGGACCACGUCGAGGACAUCUCAGCAGUCAUGGCCCCGCCUUCCAACAAGGCAGCAGUCGCGGCAGCCCGUGACAGCAGCAGCAUGACGCCUUCCCUUGUUACGGCAGAGCAGCUCGAGGGACUUCGAAUGCUUCUAGACAGGAUGGUCGCGGCGACCACGAGCGGGAGGGUGAAGGUCCCUCCCUCGUCAUCGUCGCUGGCGGCCCCCAUGGUAUCUCCAGAUCCUUGGGAAGAGACGCGCCCCGGGAAGCAACGCCAUUUUGGCCAGAAGGGAGACGGGCCUGAGCAGAUGUGGCGGACGAGCAACUGGAGGGAAUGGUGGUCCACGGGGUAGCAGGCCGAGGACGGCAAUUGGGACCCGUGGAAGCACAAGGUUGGCGACUGGAGCGCCGGAGGCUCGGGCCGUGGCGACUGCUCAGACCCGCCAGCCUGGCUGGGCUGGAGCCACUACCGUCAGUGGAAGCGAGCUGUCCGGCGUUGGGAUCAGUGGAGAAGGGCUGAGAAGCUACUGAAGCAGUUCGACUGGACGACGCAGGCCAAGUUCGACGAUGGUAGCGAGGCAGUCUUGUCCAGCAGAGGCCGGCUGGAGGCUAUCCCAGCGCAUGGACAUGAUGAUCGGCGGGCGAGAAGGUGAUGAAGUACGGAGACUCGGCCGGCGCGCGGUCUAUGAGGCGGAUCGAAGCACCAAGACUUUCAUCCAGUUUCGUGUCUCGAAUGGAGUCACAGAUCUUAGAGGUGGAGGGCCACGACCUGUGGAUGAUCGACCGGUUCCAGGACCUCCUUUUUGAAGAUGGAGCCGGACUCUCCACGCAGGGCUGCCAGAAUUUCUGAAUUGUCACCAAAGACAACCUCGACUUCGUGCAAGUCGCAUGGGCACUGAAGCAGAUGGACUCCACUGGCUCGGAGUGGCUGCUUCCAGAUGCGCGAUAGGGUGCCCACAUGGCCUUGCCUGUCGGAUCGGAGGGAAGGCCCGGAGCGGCCAACCUCGCCCAGCCGGCAGACGAGGCCGGAAUAUUAGUUGCCGGUCAGGACAUCGACGACGAUGAUGGUGAGAGCUGGGCGAGGCUGACUUAAGGUAGGGGCGGCUCGAGGCAUUCUUGGCGAGCAGAAAGAUCCCCGAGAAGAGGUCACGGAAGGAAGAUGCGGACCUCGAGCGUGCAGCCCGGAAUGACCAGCAGUUCUUCGGCCCCAAGUGCAGGGGCCAAGAGUCGAGGUCGGGCCCCGGCUCCGACGAGGCAGCUUCUUGAUGACGGCCGUCCCGACCAUGGCCGUCGUCUUCCUCGGGAUCGCACGCGGGAUCGACGUCCUCCGCGAGACUGACCGCGACGACCCUUGGCGGAUAAGCUGGCGAAGGUGACCAAGUGCAACUAUUGUCAGAAGCAGGGUCACCGCGCCGAGAACUUGCUAGAAUAAACAGAGGGACGGCGAAUUGACCGGCGCGGUCGGCCAGCCAGACCAGGGCCACACGUUCGCAGGGCGCGCGGCGACCGAGCUGAAGAUGGACGAGCUGACAAAGACACAGUCGGUGACCCAGGAGGUCAAUGCGGCAUUGCCGACGGCCAGCCCUGCCUUCGCCCUCGUGGAUCCGAGGGCGGGUGGCGACCUGAUCGGGCUGAAGGCGCUGAACCUCUCCGCGCCGAUGCCGGCGCAGCAGGGCUUGACCUGCGCGGCGCUCACAGGUGUGCGACCUCGUCCUGCACGCGGAGUCGGGGGAUGCACUCGUCCUGCUUCGACCAUCUUGUUUCCCUUGAGACUGGGCGGCGGCUUUGGGGUCGCGGAAACGACGGUGCCGCGGGAUAAUGUUUCCCGCGUCCUGUCGGUCGGGCCGCUGGAUUUCCUGAAGUGCGCGAUCGACCUCCCCAGGGGUGCCAUGUUCAGCGGCCUCCUCCCCAUGGGCAUUUUCCCGCGGCGGCCCCCGUCGGAGCGCAGGCUGGCCCGGGUGAUCGGCCCCGCCAGCGGGGGGCCCCGCGCGCCAGCGUCGUCUAUGCAG